GUCAGAUUUUCGUCAACAUGUGGAGGCCAAUAGAGAAACUAAAGCCCAUGCUCAUCCUCUGUCUGCCACAUAGAAGUUCUUCUAUUAAUGGUGUAAAAAAACUGUUAAUUGGCUAAAAGCUUGAAUCUUUUUCAAGCGAUGGAGUCCUCGGACGAAAACAAGAAGAAAUUGGAGCUGAUUCAUGUGGCCAUUAACCAACUCAUUGAAGAGACAAAUAAGAAGGGCAAGGAUCAAGAAGAAAAAGAAGAAGAAAGCAUUCUUCUCUCUAGAUUGCUAUCUCAGUUGGAUACAAUGGAGAAAGAUGCAGCCACCAGCUGUUUGCUGAAAUGCCCAUUAGAGAAUGAGCAGCCUUUGACGUUGGCAACUGGAGCCAGAGAGAGUAGAGACGAAGAGGUGGAGGUGAAGGAGAUAGUUAAGGAGCUUAGAAUUGUGAAGAGGCAGAAUGUCAUUACACAUUGCCUUCUCUCAGUCAUGAUCAUUGUUACUGCGGUCUGGCAGUUCUCAGAGGCCUCACUCUUGCUUAAUAUGAAAGAGAAAGUAACUCAUCCUAUAAGAGCCGUUGGAGAUAUGGUAACAGGAUCUAUUAAGUGGAAAGGGGGGACGCCAAAGAUUGAAGCACCUCCGCUUCCUCCGAUAAGUGUUCCAGAGCUCCCUCACAUGGAUCUACCACAGUUGAAUUUCAAUGGGGGUGAGGAAUGAACUCACUCUAAAUGAUCUCUGUUGGUUUGUACGAAUACAAAUUUAGUCCCACACCCCCACCCACACCCCUUCGUUGCUUGUGUAAGUUCUCUUCCGGUUGUAUAUUUGUUCUUGUGGAUUAUCAAAGUAAAUUGUGGCCAAAGGGUUUUUCUUAUAAAUGUUGGUUGAUGCCC